AAAUGAUGUUUUAUUUAAAGAAUUAAGUGAUUGUGUUGUAAAAUAUUAAAAAAAGUGUUUUCUUUUUGAUAUUUUAUGACAUAAUAAAUUAGUCUUUAUCAUAAUUCUUUAAUUUUUACAGUAAAAUCAUCACCUUUUUAAAAUCCUGCAAUUUAAAUUAGUUGUUUUAUGUAUGAAUAUUUAAACAAUUGAAGUUUACAUAUCAUGUUUAAGUACGAAUUGAUGUCCAACAGAAACUAAGAGUGAGUUUGUUAAAUUCUUGUUUUUUUUAGAGGAAAUAUUUCAAGUAGAUAACUUUAUAAUAGGAUUCCACACUUGGUUUCUGUUUCAAAUAUUUAUUUACCAAAAUCUAGUGCUUGUACGCUAACUUAUAUACAAUGCCAAUGAAAAGAAUGAAAAUAAUUAGAAGAAAAUAAAUUAUUCAUUUUGAAAAGAAUGUAGUUAACUUAAUUUUAGGAUAAACUCAUUUGAAUGAAGAAAUAGAAAAAGAAAAUAGAAGAAAAUAAGAAGAAGAAUUUUAGAUGAAAAAUAGAAGUUUAAAGAGAAAAUAAAAUAAGAAAUAUUAUGAAAGAAGUUCAAAUGUUGUUUUCCAAGAAAAUAAGAAGAAGAAUAAGAGAUUAGAAUAGAAUAAGAAAAUAAGAUUAGAAGAUAUGAAGAUAAGAGAGACUAUUAAAAAUAAAAAAAUAAAAAAAAUAAACUAACUUUAAAUAUAUGACGUAGAUAGAUUAUUAUUAGGCUACGUCGCUAGAGUGAAGUGUAUUAUCAAGACCCCUGAAUAAACCUAAAAAAUAAAAGAUAGAUCUAAAAAUAUAAGAAAUGAUAAUAAAAUUGAAGUAGAUAAAUUAAUUUUAGGUUCAAAUCACACAUUGUUUUGUUUCUGAA